AUGUCUGAAAAGAACGAACAUAUCCAAUCGGACGAGUCUACUGAUUCCGAAAAGGAUCUUAUUAUAGUUAAUAAUGAUGCUACAAAGGUAAUAUCAUCAGGGUCAACUUCUCAGGAGAAUGGAUUGUCAGAUAUUGAUUCGGACAAUGCCUCUUAUCAACUUUUCUCUUCUAGAGAUGCAGAUGUCACAUUUGCCUUUAUGGAAAAAUAUGAUAAGGAAGUACCUUUAAUUACACCGAAACAAGAGAAACAUUUAAGAAAGAAAGUUGCUUGGAUCGUUGUGACCUUGACAGGUACAAUUGAUUUUUUACUUUAUUCGGAUAAAGCUACUUUAUCGUAUGCAUCAAUUUUUGAACUUUGGAAAGAUACCCAUUUGACACAAAAUAGAUAUAAUGAUGCAAACACCUUGUUUUAUGUCGGUUAUAUCAUAGGUCUUCUCAAUUUGUUCUGGGUUCAAAAGUUCCCUAUAAGGAGAGUCAUGGCAUUCAUGUGUACUACCUGGACCAUCAUUAUCUUCUUACACUGUACUGCUUAUAAUUACCAAGGGAUAUAUGCGCUAAGGUUUUUCCUUGGGUUUGUCGAAGCAAUUGCAGUACCAACAUUAAAUAUUACCAUGAAUCAAUUCUUGACACCAAAUGAAAAGAACGCAUACGCCCCAUUGUUUUAUAGUAGUUGUAUCGGUUGUGGGGUUUUUGUCUCUUUGAUUGCUUAUGGGAUAUUACAUGCUCAUUCUACUGUACAUACCUGGAAAUUAUUUAUGAUAAUCAUUGGAGGGAUGACAUUACUGACAACUUUGGUGGUAUAUUAUAUUUAUCCAAGUAAUCCAACUGAUGCAAAAUUUUUAAAUCAUAAGGAAAGAGUUUGGGUCAUAAGAAGAAUACAAAAAGCAUCAAAUUCUUCAAUUGAACAAAAGAGAAUUAAGAAAUAUCAAGUAAUCGAGACUCUAAAGGAUCCUAUAUCAUGGUUGUUUUGUGCUUUCUUCUUAUUACAACAACUGGCAAACAAUCUAACUUACAUGCAAAACAUUUUGUUUGAGAAUAUUGGUCAAAUUUCCAACUUAGACACCACUAUUGUUUCAAUUGCCUCAGGUGGGUUUGCCUCUGUGUGUGCUUUAAUUGCCACUGUCUUUCUUCUCUACCACAAAAACUUCACUGCUUUUUCUGUUGUAUUCUGGAGUCUCCCAUCAUUUGCUGCUUGUAUUGCAAUGGUAUCAAUCCCUUGGGGUAAUAAUAUUGCCUUGCUAGCUAUGUUAUGUUUGGCCUCACCUAUAUUCGGUAUCCCAUGGAUUUUAAUGUUUAGUUGGUCUAUUACAAGUUGUGCUGGGUAUACAAAGAGAAUCACGAGAAAUGGGAUGGUUAUGUUUUGGUACUGCAUUGCAAACAUCAUUUCUCCUCAAUUAUGGCAAGGUCGUGAUGCCCCUCGAUUUGUUCCUGCUUGGAUUGUUCAAAUAGUUUUAUCUUUCUUCUUAGCACCUUCGUUGGCAUUGGUUAUUUGGUACAUUUUAAGACGUAGAAACAUUGAAAGAUUACGUAAACUAGAGAAAAAUGGAAAAAAUGCUAAAGGUUAUAUCGAAGUUGAUGGUGAGAACAUCGCUGUUGAUGGGGCUCAAUUGGAUUUGACCGAUCUUGAAAAUGAUCAAUUUAUAUACCCAUUAUAG